UUCGUCUCCUUGCUCUAAACUCAAAUAUACCUUAAAGAUUUAAAAAAAAAGAUGAGAUCAGGUGCAGGCAUGGCUGAAAUCCAGGAUGCUGUGAGCAAGGAGUGGGAGGCCCUCCGGUGGCUAGUGCCUUACUACAAGGAACGAGUUGCAGCUGAUACAUGCUCUUUGGAGGAAGAGGAAGAUCAAGAUGGGGAGGACUUUGAAACUCCAGUACAAGCACGAGUUUCCCCACAAGAACCUGAACUUGUUUCUAAGAAGAGAAAAGUAGCAGAUAGAGAAAACAUUGAAGAAAGAAAGAAAUUCUGGUCAAAGAAGGAAAAGAAAGCUGCAAAGAAGGAAGCAUGUCAGCCCAUUUCCAGUAAAUAUGAGCAGGCUGUGAUCGUUUUCAUUAACAAACCAUAA